AUGCUGCUGCCGCUGCUGCUCUCCGCGCUGUGGUGCGUCUCUCCGGGGGUCAUUGGGGUCCCGGGCGCACAGGAGGAGGAGGAGGGGGAGGUCAAGAUACACGUCCAGCACAGACCUUUCAUCUGCCAUCGCAAGUCCAAGUUUGGAGACCUGCUGCUGGUGCAUCAGGCAGGAUACUUCCAGAACGGGACCCUGUUCCACUCAAGUCGUAUCCAUGGAGACAAGCAGCCGGGAUGGUUCACUCUGGGCGUCAGGGAGGUGAUCCUUGGCUGGGACAGGGGUCUGCAGGACAUGUGUGCAGGAGAGAGGAGGAAGCUGGUCAUCCCUCCAGCUCUGGCCUACGGAGCAGAGGGGAAAGGUAAGAUCCCUCCUCAGAGCACCCUCACCUUCCUCAUCGAGCUGCUGGAAAUCCGGAACGGGCCGCGCUCCCAUGAGGCCUUUCAGGAGAUGGACCUCAAUGACGACUGGAGACUGUCCAGGAGCGAGGUGAUUGCGCACUUGAAGAAGGAGUUUGAACAGAACGGACAGCCUCCCAAUGACACGCUGAACGAGAUCAUCAUGAACAACAUCUUCAAGAAGGAAGACCAGAACAAAGACGGAUACUUGACCUCCAGAGAGUUCACCUACAAGCACGACGAGCUGUGA